AUGACAAGGAACCAGUCGUUUUGGAACCGACCGACCUCGCCCGCGAUGACGGUAAGAGACCCGACGUGCCAUGGGAGAUUGGACGGCCCCUGGUUUGGGACGCAACCUGUGCCGAUACCCUCGCACUGUCCUAUAUCCAUGGCAUUGGCUGGCUCAACUGCCAAUUCGGCCGAGGUCCUCAAGCGGCGCAAAGGCAACUGCAUCGGCAACUGCAUCGGCAACUGGAUCGGCAACUGCAUCGGCAAUUGCAUCGGCAUCAGUAAUAAAGCCAGGACCGACGACGGAUCCCAGUUGCGGAGGAGGUAUGAUUUUUCAGAACACCCGCCCAAAUGCGGCAAGAACGAGGUAUACGACGACUGUUCUUCUCCGAGUUGUAAGCCGACACAUUGUUCCGAGCUCGGUUACCCGUUGAACUGUGAUAAGAAAUGCAAGCCGGGAUGCAAGUGCAAGGAUGGCUAUGUUCGCAACGACAAGGGUGUUUGUAUCCCUAUAAAAACUUGUAAAUCAUGUGGAGGAGACAAAAACGCAGUAUCUGGAUGUGGCACUAACUGUGGCAAAACAUGCGCUUCGAUUGGCCAAAAACCUCCUGUCGUUUGUCCAUUGAUUUGUAAGCUCAACGGUUGCGAUUGCAGGGAUCGAUUCUUUUACGACCCUAACCAGAAAAAAUGCGUUAAGAAAGAAGACUGCAGUAAGUGUUACCGACAAGUUAUGAUAUUAUUGUUUUUUUUAGCGCCAACCUGCAAAGAUAACGAAGUAUAUUCUCCUUGUGCCAAUGGCGGGUGUGGACCUAAAAACUGCAGCCAGAUCAACGACCCUAAGAUUUGCAUAGACCCUAUUUGCGUCAAGGGGUGCGUAUGCAAAGAUGGAUACUUAAGAAAUGAUGUAACUGGGAAAUGCGUGCCAAAGGACGAAUGUCCAAAAAAAUGUCCUGGGCAGAAUGAAUACUACGAGCCAUGCAUCCAUAAUUGCGGAAGCCAGAACUGCUCCGACAAAGGCAAGAUCUACCACUGUCCUAUCAUAAAACCGGGAAAGUGUGACUCCUGCGGGUGUCGUUGCAAGCCUGGUUACCUAAGGAAUGCUAAAGGACUUUGCAUUCCAGAAAAGGAUUGCCCCCCGCCUAAAUGCCGCUCUGGGGAAGUUUUUGACUCGUGCCCCACCGUCCCAUGCGAAGGGGACAACUGUCCCAAAACCAAAGACUCGCCGCAAAGUUGUCCGACCGGAAUAGUGUGCAGUCCACCACGAUGCGUGUGCGGCUACAACAGGAAAAGAGCUAAGAAUGGCACUUGUAUCCUGAUACGUGACUGUCCACCGUUUAAAUGCGGUAAGAAUGAAAUGUACGUAGCUUGCCCAUCAAACUGCCCAGGGGAGAAAUGUAGUGACUACAUCAACCAAACGAAAUGUCCACCAUACAAGAUCGGCAUUAUAGUAAAUUGUAAACCAGCGUGCAAAUGUAAGAAGGGCUACUACAGGGACAAGAAAGGAAACUGCAUUCUGGCUUGUGACUGUAAGUAUAGCAACGUUAUUAUGUCCAGUGAUUACCACAACGACGCCGAAGCCCACUGCUCCCCCAUGCGGCUGCCAGAAGUAGCCACGGUUCGGCAGCACACGCUGCCCGGAACGAGGAUGUGGAAGUUGCUGCUGCUCUUUGCCUGUGUGGCUGGUUCUGCCAUCGUCUUUUGCGAUGGGCUAACACUUGCCUCCAAAUGCGGCCUCAACCAAGUGUUCUCAAACUGCACGAACGGCGGCUGCGAGGCCCGCAACUGCAGCCAGGCCGGCAAACCCGUGCCUUGCGUGAAACUGGACCCCAAGAGCUGCAAGAAGGGAUGUGUCUGUGCAACCGGGUACUUACGGGCAUCUAACGGGACCUGCGUCUUAAGGAACCAAUGUAACGAAGACAAGCUGGGAACGUUUAAUAAAUAUAAAGUAAAACUCAAUUUAAUGAAGGAGGCUCAACCGAUUUUUUUUAAAGCACGACCAGUGGCUUUUGCUUUACGCGAUAAGAUUGAUAAGGAGUUGGACCGGCUGGUUAGCGUAGGCAUAUUAAAACCGGUUGAACAUUCGUUAUACGCAUCCCCCAUCGUGCCCGUGUUGAAGCGGGACGGGUCGCUGCGCCUGUGUGCGGACUACUCGGUGUCUAUCAACAAACAGCUGAUAGUGGAACAAUACCCGUUGCCCACCGCCCAUGAAUUGUUCGCUAGGUUGCACGGAGGCCAACAGUUCUCUAAGUUAGACCUUUCUCAGGCGUACGCGCAAUGUGUUUUAGAUGACGAAUCACAAAAAGUUACGUGUAUUAAUACACACAGAGGAGUGGACGCCAACAAAUUACGUUACCCGAGUAAUCAAAGUUUAGAUGAAAUAGAAGAACCCUCUGUCAACGACAGUUGUGCUACCAACGAGAUCGAGUCUUCCUCAUCGGUAGCCAGCGGCAAUCAGGAGCCUGUCUCGUCUUCGCCAGCUGAAAGGGGAGAGGAAGAUGAUACCUCGGACGGGUCCACCCAGGUUGCUACUUCAGGCGGAGAAGCUGAGGAAUUCUUUGAGGCCUCUGAUGACAAUGUUCAGUCGCAGCAGGUAGCUACCCCCGCCGACCAGAGUUCAAGGGGCGGGUUGACAGGUUGUGGAGAUGAUCUGAACUCUCACCCCGGCUGCGGCGUCAACUGCGGCAGGACUUGCUCCACCUACAAGAAUAAAGAUGUGGCCUGCAUCCUCGUUUGCUACGAUAACGGAUGCGACUGCAACAUUGGCUACGUUUACGACCCUAACGUCAAGAAAUGCGUUUUGCCCAAAUAUUGUACGCCAACAUGUGGACUUAACGAAGUAUAUUCGACAUGCACCAACGGCGGUUGCUCUCGUAGGAACUGCAGCCAACUGGGCAAGCCUCAAAUCUGCAUCGAUAGAACUCCCGAGUCCUGCACCAAAGGAUGCGUUUGCGCCGAAGGAUACCUGCGUAAUGCCAAUGGAACUUGCGUACUUGAAAACCAGUGCCCGCAACUCGGAUGCGGCGGUGAUCGAAACGCAAAGCCUGGUUGUGGUAUAAACUGCGGACGAAGGUGCUCUGACUACAAGGUCAAGAAUAAACAACUUCUCUGCCCGCGCAUACAAUGCAAAGCUGACAAAUGCGACUGCAAGGACGGUUUUGUAUUUGACGGCAAUCUCAAGAAAUGCGUCUUGCCAGAGCAAUGCACACCGGUUUGCGGACUCAACGAAAAAUUCGACUCUUGCAUCAACGGAGGAUGUGGUCACAGAAACUGCAGCCAAAUUGGAACGCCACAAAUCUGCAUCGACAGGACCCCUGAGUCUUGCAUCAAGGGUUGUGUCUGCUCCGACGGUUUCCUGCGAGCAGCUAACGGGACUUGUAUUCCUCAAGACCAAUGUCCAGCUUCUUCAGCACCAGAAACAGAUGAUCGGUGCCCCGGGCAGAACGAGUUCUACAACACCUGCAUCAGUAGCUGCUCCAACCAGAGCUGCGACUCCAUCGGCAAGGUCAUCCACUGCCCGAUCCAACCAGCCGUGUGUAGAGAAGGCUGCCGGUGUAAAGCAGGCUAUUGGAGGAAUGCUGACAAUGUCUGUGUGCCGGAAAACGAGUGUGGUAAAUAA